AUGAGCAGCCAGAACUCACCCAUCCAGUUUGAAGACCGCAGCGCCACUCCCUCAUACAAAACCGCCCAGAGCGAGGCCAACUCUCGUGCCAGCUCUACCUCCCAACCCGCCUCUUCCCGAUCCAUCAACGUAUUCCAGGCCUUGGCCCUUACGCCUGUUCAAGUUCCUUCCGCCGCCGCCCUCCCACCCGUGUUUACACACAGCCGCUCCACAACGCCUGGCGUACAGGCCGCUCCACACACAGACCUAUCUGACUCUUCCGAGUCCGAAUCCGAGGAAUACAUGACAAUGGAAGACGGCUCGAUCCAGAUCCGCCGCCGCUCAUCGGCACGGCGCAACUCGACCUCUCGCCGCCCGAGCCAGCGUUCCCUAGCAUCGCCGCUCACCCGCUUCCGUGGCCUCUCGGCCGUCCAGCCAGUUGAGGAUGAGGCACUCGACGAGGAGGAGGAAGAAAAGGUCAAGCCCAGCGAGGUCGACCGCCCAUGGGAGCGGGAGACGGAGCAAUCGCAGUUCGAAGAGAUUAUGACCGAGCUCUCGCGCCACGUCUCUGUCGAAGCCGCCGCCGCACCUGUAGCGCUGUACACACCACGUUCGCGCACCGGCUCCGUCUCCACCGUCAGGUCUGCGCGUGCCCGCCGACCAUCCAAUCGCCGCCCAUCCACUUCCCACGUGACUUUCCCCGAGACUGUGGUUGAGCACGAUCUCGCUCGUCGCUCAGCCAAGCCAGACUUGCCCCGCAUUGACUCGGAGAAGACACUCGCCCCAUCGUUGGAUGCCGACGAGCCCAAGCUGGCCAAGAUCAAGUCGUGCGAUUCUCGCGCGUCCCACUUCAGCACCAUAAGCCAUGGAGACGACCCUAAGUUCUCCGACUCGGAGGACGCGGAGGCUCAGGCGCGCGCGGAGGAGGACGCGGCAAUCACCGCCGCGGUCAAGACCAUGUCGCGCAUGCGCAAAAUUCUGCUCGGCUCGUCAAUGAUGCUGACAGUCCUCAUCUCGUCAAUGAGCAGCAACGCCGUCAUACUCACCCUCCCUUCGCUAGCUGCCGACCUCGAAAUCGGGCAGGUCGAGGCACAGUGGGUGUCGUCAGCGUACUCCCUCGCAUACGGCUGCGGUCUCCUCUUCGCGGGCCGUAUGGCCGAUAUUUAUGGGCGCAAGUACCUCUUCCUCGGUGGGCUCACUUGCACGCUCAUCUUCUGCGUGAUCUCGGGCUUUAUGCCCAAUCUCGUCGCCAUCUGCCUCGUGCGCGCCAUCUCUGGUUUGGGGUUGGCCAUCGCGACCCCAGCCGGCUUCGGAAUCCUCGGCGUGACCUUCCGCGAAGAGCCCGAGCGCACAAUCGCCUUCUCUUGCUUCGGCCUCGGCAACCCUGUUGGAGCCAGCAUCGGCAUGCUUGUUGGUGGCGCGAUCUCUGGCGCCUCCCGCCAGGGCUGGCAGCACCUGUACUUUGUCCUCGCGGGUCUCUGUGUCAUCCCCCUCGCCCUCGGAGCGUGGGCGAUCCCCGCCGACCCUAAGCGCCCCGCCCACCUUCCGCCAGCUGACAAGAGGGUUGACUGGCUCGGCGGGUUCCUCAUCACCGCCGCCCUCUGCCUCUUCACUUUCUCCAUUACCGCGAGUGGCGUCGCUCCUGCCGGCUGGCGCACGCCCUACGUUCCCGCCCUCCUCGUCGUCUCCGUGAUCCUCUUCACCGCCUUUGGGUUCUGGGAGCGCCACGUUGAGCGUAACACCACCCUUCCCCCCGUCGCCAAGCUGUCCAUGUUUUCUCGCGACGGUUGGAAAAUGACCUACAUCCUCCUCACGGCAUUCUUCCCCUUCGUCUCCAUCGCUGGCUGGGUCUACCUCGUCUCCCUUUUCUACCAGGAGUACAUGAAGAUGACGCCCCUCGGCAACGCGAUCCACUCGCUUCCGGCCUCGAUCUGUGGCAUCUUCGCCGCUGUGGCGGUCAUGUUCAUCGUUCCCAGGAUGCGUGCGCCAUACGUCCUAAUGAUCGGCGGUUUCCUUUCCGGCGUGGCCUGCCUCAUCUUCGCGGCAGUUCCUGCAGACGCCCCAUACUGGUCGGGCCAAUUUGUUGCCAUGCUCUGCCUCCCGUUCGGUGCGGACCUUACUGUCGGCAUUGGGUCAAUCCUCAUGUCCAACUUGUGUGAGGAUGACGAGCAGAGUGUCGGCGGCGCACUCUUCCAGACAGCCACGCAGAUCGCUAGUGCCCUCGGCAUUUGUAUCUCGUCGCUGGUGGUCUCAAACAUCGCCGAGCAGAAAAACUCGCUCCUCGCCGGUCUCCAGAACGCUUUCGGAAUGUGCACCGCAUUUGCGUGGAUUGUCGUCGUUAUCGCUACGUGCACCAACCUCCGCAAGAUGGGACUUGCCAAGGAUGUUGGUAACGGCCGGGCUAUGCACUAG